GCCCAACAACAAGGCCUCAAAUCUGGAAGCUUAACCUUGAUUUCCCACCCGGAGCUCCGCCGGCUUCUAACCACGGCCGCUCUCGGUGAGGAAACUCUGGCCUCCGCUUCCUCCUCCUCCGACUCGGACACCGGCGGAGCGUCGCCGCCCCCGCGGAAGAAGCACCGAGCCUCGGCGGCGGAGGGAGCAGGAGAGCCCGGGGCUUCAGCGGUUGUAACAGGCCUGUCGGGAAUUGUAUUAGGACUUGCUACUCACUCUCCACACUCUCAAGCCACCUCUGCCAUCCACUUUAACCGAAGUGUUGUCAACAAUCUUAGCAGCAGCAUGCAGGCAAACGGGGCAGGACAGGGACAAGAAUCUCCAGAGCUCUCCUGCCUUAACAGCGCACAAAACGGGGAGUCAUCCUCGGCUGGCGGAACCCACUCCAAUGGGCUUCUCUCCAGCACAGACAACGGGAAUAGUGUCGGUACCAGUAACGGUGCUUCAGCCGGGCCCGGUUCGGGGACUUCGGCUGCCUCUACGGCCUCGGGCUCGGAGGUCGGUUCUCUGAAAAAGAAAAAACGGCUAUCGCAGGCGGAGGAAGAUGUCAUACGAUUAAUAGGGCAACAUCUCCACGGACUAGGGCUGAAUCAGACAGUGGACCUGCUGAUGCAGGAAUCAGGCUGCAGACUGGAACACUCCUCAGCUACCAAGUUCCGCAACCAUGUCAUGGAGGGGGAGUGGGACAAGGCUGAGAAUGAUCUCAAUGAGCUGAGAGCACUGAUGCAUUCUCCCAAUGCCAUUGUGCGUAUGAAGUUCCUGCUGCUGCAGCAGAAGUACCUAGAAUAUCUGGAGGAUGGCAAAGUCCUGGAGGCUCUGCAGGUUCUCCGGGGAGAGCUGACGCCACUCAAGUACAACACAGAUCGCAUCCAUGUACUUAGCGGGUACCUAAUGUGCAGCCAUGCUGAGGACCUGAAGGCCAAGGCAGAGUGGGAGGGCAAGGGCACUGCCUCACGCUGCCGACUGCUGGACAAAUUACAGACAUACCUGCCACCCUCUGUGAUGCUGCCCCCUCGGCGGCUGCAGACCCUGCUGCGGCAAGCAGUAGAGCUGCAGAGGGACCGCUGCCUCUAUCACAACACAAAGCUGGACAGUAGUCUGGACUCAGUCUCUCUCCUCCUCGAUCAUGUCUGCAGCAGGAAGCAGUUCCCCUGUUACACUCAACAGAUUCUGACAGAGCACUGUAAUGAGGUGUGGUUCUGCAAGUUCUCAAAUGACGGCACCAAACUAGCCACUGGCUCCAAAGACACUACGGUCAUAAUUUGGCAAGUAGACCCGGAGAGCCACCAGUUGAAGCUGCUGCGAACCCUGGAGGGUCAUGCAUACGGCGUCUCCUACUUAGCUUGGAGUCCCGAUGACACCUACCUGAUCGCCUGUGGACCUGACGACUGCUCUGAGCUGUGGCUCUGGAAUGUUCAGACGGGGGAGCUGCGGACCAAAAUGUCCCAGUCCCAUGAAGACAGUCUGACCAGUGUGGCAUGGAACCCUGAUGGCAAACGCUUUGUCACCGGAGGACAGAGGGGACAGUUUUAUCAGUGUGACCUGGACGGUAACUUGUUGGACUCCUGGGAGGGCGUUAGAGUGCAGUGCCUGUGGUGCCUGGGUGAUGGCAGGGCCGUGCUGGCCUCAGACACACACCAACGUAUCCGGGGGUACAACUUCGAGGACCUUACAGACAGAAACAUAGUUCAGGAGGACCACCCUAUCAUGUCUUUUACGGUUUCAAAGAACGGGAGAUUAGCUUUGUUAAAUGUAGCAACUCAGGGAGUGCACCUGUGGGACCUCCAGGACCGUGUGCUGGUGAGGAAAUACCAAGGUGUGACCCAGGGCUUCUACACCAUCCACUCCUGCUUUGGAGGCCACAACGAAGACUUUAUUGCCAGUGGCAGCGAAGACCACAAAGUGUACAUCUGGCACAGGCGUGGUGAACUUCCCAUUGCUGAGCUAACAGGCCACACACGCACCGUUAACUGUGUGAGCUGGAACCCGGCCAUCCCGGGACUCAUGGCUUCCGCCUCCGAUGACGGCACAGUGCGUGUCUGGGGUCCUGCACCUUUCCUCGACUCACAAGAGGCGGACGCACUCAACGAAAACUGCAGUAACAUGGACAGUUGAUGGUCACUUAUGGAGCAGAUGACAUCUCUCUUUAACAACAAUCCAAGAUUCCCACAAUAAAAUGAGAUCUCAACGGGCGAAUCAAAUCCAACACCAACCUAAAGCAAGACAAGAAAAACAAACAACAAAAAGCCACCAAGACAAAAAGAGAAAACAAAAGUGAGAAAAAUGUGUCUUCUGACUGACCUAAAGAAAAUGGUGGAGGUGAUGAAGGACACUCUAAAUAUUCAGGUCCUCGUCCAAAACCUGAUCCCGACCCAGAGGAAACCCAGUCAAUGCCCAGCGGGAAACGACCGCCAUCCACUGGUGAGAUGUAACGGCUGUUCUCCUCCAACUGACCCUUCUUCCCCCCCAUCUGGCUGCAUGGCCACCAGCCAUGCCAGGUCCUCACACAGUUUCCCAGGAAACCCGUCUCCACCUUGAGCUUGGAGCACAUCAAGUCCCCCCCCCCCCUGUGAUUCCUCCAGACAGACACAGCAGACCAGCCGUCUACCAUUUGUCUGCCUGUUUGUCUCACAUUACCUGUAUAAUGUCUCCAAGGACAUGGGUGGGGUGUUGUUGGGGGAGGAUGGUGCAUAUAGCAACUCUUCUGUAUGUAUGUUUUCCUCUUCCCCACUCUCUUGCUCUAUUCUUCGCAUUCGAUCUGUUGGACAAAGGCUGCAAAUCCACCAUAAAAACACUGACUGACCAUCUGACAAAGAACACACACAAAAAAAAAAAAAAGAGGCUAUGCUAAAUGUUGGAUUUUUUUUUAUGAUAGUCAUAGCGUAAUUCUCAUUUAAGAGGUGAAUCUUAGCUCAAGUAGUGCCCGUGGAAAGCUUUAGCGUGAAGAUUCCACUUUGUGUUUCUCGACAUUAGGAAAACAAACUUUUUAUUCCUUAAUUUAACUUCUAACAUGGACGGUCGCUGUAGUGUUUCCAGCUGACAGCCGCCCCAACCCCCUCUGUUGAACUAGCUACCGCACAACUCCCAUUACAUCUGCCUAAGAGGAGAUGGACAGAGGGAUUCACAGGUCACAUAUCAACGGUGAGGGGGUCAGACGUUGGUGGUGAGGUGGGGUUUCCACUGUCAGGACACAUACUCUGACCUUUCUCAAAAGACACACUUUCAGAUGUGAAAAGAGUUCAAGUGCAACUUGGAUUGCAUACCAGUGACUGCUGUCCCUCCUCUGUGUGUGAGAGAGUGAGCGAGAGCAAUUAUGCAUGCACACAUUAGUGGGAGAGUUGACAUUUGUGGGUGCAGGUUUAAUUGGCGCGUGUUUUUGUAUGUGUGUUCAAUUCACACCAGCAGAAGAUUCACACCCCCUCCUCCCCCCUCCCUCCCCUAUGCUCCUAAUCCCAUAGUAAAAUUGUAAGGAGGAUUUUAAACCAAUUCUAAGUUAUCCAAAGCCCCAUAGGGACCUCUAUCUGUGGAACAAAGAAUACUUGAGAGCCAUUUUGUAAAAGAAAAACUUUUCUUUAAUCUGGGGCUUUAAUUUUACAUUACAAUUUUUUUCUUCUUCUCCUUACCACGUGGCAUUCAAACGGCACUGAGUUUAUUGCCAAUACAUCGUCUCUGUUGGGGGGGGGAAAAGAAAAGGAAGAUUUCAAAAUAGCAUUUUGAGUGAGGCAUGUUUCAAAAAGCUGUAAAACUGUUGUGUUCUUAGCAAAGGGUCAUUUCAUAUGAGAAGUUAUUGUUUGUAAUUAUUGAACGAGUAGUAAAGCACGGCCCGAGAGAGAAGAGGCACCAAUAACCAGAACCACUCUCUGAGCCCACAGUGUUGUUGCAAUCCUAAAACACACACACACAUACACACACACACACACACACACACACACACACACACACACACACACACACACACACACUGCCUUCCCUUCCUAUUCAUACAGUUGCACACAAACCUUCAGUAUGUAUGACACCCCCACCACUGCACUUUGCGUGGUCUUUCUGCUCAAUCUCACCUACUGCAAUGGCAUCAAUCCAUAAGCUUCUCAUAAUCUUAAGGUCACUGCACUUGCCAUUCUGAUGGCUUAAAAGGUCGCAUUGGCAAAGACUCCAAACCUAACCGGAGAUUGCUAAAGGAAUUGAACCCUCACUAUGCCUCUAUGCACCCAAAAGCAGUGACUAAUCAUCUUGUCGACAUUAUAAAACGGAACCUCGUGUAUAUAAGGCACAGCAGCCUCAUCUCGAGGUAUACCACUGUUGGAUCUUAGAGAGAAUUCAGAAUCUCUUCCCCGCCCCUCCCCCCUUUUGCUCUCCAACCAAGUUAUUCAGUGGUCAGUGCGCCAUUCAAAGCUUUCGUCCUCCCUUUUUUAGGGUAUGUAAUGACUAUUUGCUACAGACUGAUAUACAGUAAAACAUGUUUAAAAUAGUGCUUUUCUGUCUGUUUUUAUUGAACUUUUUUUGUUACUUAAAUUUUUUUGUUCACAUUAUAUCAUUUUUGGUUGACCUCUAUCCCUGUAUGAUCAUAUUAAAAUAUAACCAGACAUUUGGACUCCUCAUUUCUUUUGUACUCUUUAUAACCCCCUGUUAUCUUUCUUUUAUAAUUUCUUUUGUUUCUUUGUGUUCAAUUGCAUUUUAUCUACCACUACUAUUACAAAUGAAUAUGCACAGUACCACCCAUGUCACUUGGAGUGGGGAUAGUUUUUAGCAAAUGUGUUACCUACAAUCAAAUCAGGUUUGAACUUAUCCACCCCUCGCCUUUAAAGAGUUUCCUUCAUGUGAAAAUCUACUUUACCGCAUGUCUGUGUAAUUGACCGAAAUCUCUCUCUCUCUCUUGGUGUGCCAUUGUUGAUUGAUCUGAUCUUUCUCAAAGCCAAAUCGGCACACUUGGUGUUUUCUGUAGGUUAACGUGUGUCAUGGUCUGAUAUUCACACUUUGGGAACCUUUAUCUCAACUCUUGGAUGCAGAAUGGAUUCCUCCUCCACACCCUACGUUAUUUCAGAAGACUUGAGGCAAAUCACACACACUUAAACCCUAACAAGAGUUUCAAGCCUAUCAUUCAAUUCACAAAUGCUAUGUCUGUAUGCAACCUGGUGUCCAUUCUUCUUUUGUCUGAGUUUACCAAGGGAGUUGUUUCAGAUUUAACUAUGUCUUAUUUCUCUCUCAGAGGUGGUGGUGGUGGGAAGGGCCUGGGUGGGGAAUAUCAAGUGCUACUGUAGCAUCUCUAAGUUCCUUGGGCUAUGGCGGGAAGGGGUGAUGUGUGGCUUUGCGUUUAAUGUGUUAUUUACAAAAGUGAUUGUACUGUUUUGUAUUGUUGUGUAGGAAAAGUGUUAUGUAUGCAUAUUUUCAAUAAAGCAUUCAGGGUUUUGAAAACACAAAAAGGCCAGUGGAGGUUUGAUGGGGCAAGAAAUUGUGAAGGCCCCGAGAACAAAGCUUCAAAUCCCCAGAAAACCUAUUUCUCCCACCUCGUAAAACACAGAAAGGGGGUCCAGGUUGGCCCUGAAUCACUGCUUUGGGCAUAGCAUGUGUCAAAGGGUCACUUACAGUUUAAAACACUGGGUUGAAUUUCUUUCUACUUCGUAUUCAGUAAUUUUUUCAAAAUGUCUUGAAAGCAAUUACUGGAGCUAGAACAUAUAGUAAGAGGUUAUCUUUGAUGCUAUUAGGAACAUUAUAUUGAGUAAGCCCUGUUGUCGGCCCUACGUUUCUAUACAAAACUUGCCAUUUACCGGUACUUUAGGUAGUUGCACAAGGCAUGGGUGCUGGUAAAAUGUGAAAUGUGAAAGUAUCUUUUUUUUUGGGGGGGACCCAAAGUGUUCAUUAUUAAGGACUAUAAAUAAGAAAUGAUGAAGUAGAACGUGAAUAAAACCAUGGAAUUGUGAAA